GACGCCAUUCCAGGCUUUUCACAAGUCGCCCCAAUGACGUGGGAGUACAUUCCCUCCCUCCCUCUCGACCCACUAUCAGGCAAACUCCCCCUCGACGCCCCCUCCCUCAUCAUCCUCUUCUCCUGGACCGGGGCCCACGGCCGCCACAUCGCCAAGUACACGCAGAUCUACCAGACGCUCUUCCCGACAACACGCAUCCUCGUCAUCACGACCUCCUCGCGAGACUUCUGGUGCCGGCCGUCAGCACGAAAGCAGGCGCUGCUCAAACCUGCCGUCGAACGCGUACAGGAAUACGAAGACCACUCAAGUAUCCUCAUCCACGCCUUCUCGGAAGGCGGGUCCAAUAAAGCCGUAGAGUUUGCGGAAGAAUACUCCCACGUCACCGGGACUCGGCUUCCAUGCACAGCUCUCGCAUUAGACAGUACACCCGGCCAUCCGCACUACCGGCGCCUCCUGACCGCAUUCCAGAAGGCCUUACCACCCAAUCCGUUCCUCAAAGCGACCGGCGUCGUGUUGUGCGGCGUCAUUCUCGGCCUCGUAUAUUUCACCUACGGCGUGUUCAAAGGCUUCGAGAACAACCUGAUCGCGCGCACUCGUCGCAGAGUAAAUGACGCCACGUCCUGGGACCAGCGCGCUCCGCGGUGCUAUCUCUAUUCCCGGGCUGAUGAUCUUAUCGCAUGGCAGGAUGUCCAGGAGCACAUGCUAGCGGCGGCGCAGAGCGGUGUCCCGGUUAUGGAUGUGUGUUUCGAGAAGAGCGCGCAUUGCAAGCACGCCGCGGAGGAUCCGGCGCGGUACUGGAAUGCGGUUGUGCUCACGUGGAGGCGCGCGCUGGGGCGCAAACUG